AUGGCUGAGUCAAAUACAUUUCAAGCACUUGGAGAACUGUUCAAGGCAACCCAGCAACAAAUAGCCUUGCAGCAAAAGCAGAUCGAGCUUAUGAUGCAGAGAAAUGAGGGACAUGAAGGCCUUGUAGAUGCACUUGCCAAGACCUGCAGCGAUUUUUCAUUCGAUCCUGAGAAUGGAAUUACAUUUGAAGAUUGGUACAGGCGCCAUGAAGACAUCAUCAGAAUCGACGGCAAAUCUCUCAGUGACGAUGCCAAGGUACGUCUUCUUCUCAGAAAGCUAGAUGCAAUUUCCUUUUCUCGCUAUUCCAAAUAUAUUUUGCCCAAAAGUCCUCGUGAUAAUAAUUUUGAGACCACUGUCAAGAUUCUCAAAGAGAUUUUUGUUGCGCCAAUGUCUAUUUUCUCCAAACGUUGGAAAUGUCUGCAAGUGGACAUGAACGAGACAGAAGAUUUCAUUGACUACAUGGGACGUGUAAAUCAACUUUGUGAGGAUUUCCAAUUCAAUACACUCACAUUGGACUCAUUCAAAGCACUUAUUUUUGUUUUGGGCUUGAAAAAUGCGCGUUUUGCUGAAAUUCGUACGCGUUUGCUGCACAAAUUAGAUUCGAAAACUGAGGGAGUCACUCUUUCAUAUCUCCUUGAAGAAGCUAAACGUCUUAGCAAUCUCAAGAAAGACUCUGCACUUGUGGGAUCUUCCGAGGGUUCAAACACUCCACCAGCCUCAGUGAAAAUAGUCAAGAAAUUCACCAAACCCAAGUUCAAUAAUAAAAAGUCCUCAAAAACUUCCACUUCACACGAUCCACCCAAAGAUACGCCACGAACACCUUGCUGGUUUUGCGGAAAUAUGCACUUUUCUCGCGAUUGCACUUUCAAACAACAUAAGUGUAAGGCUUGCGGUAUUUUCGGGCAUAAAGAUGGCUACUGCCAGAGCGCGAGUAGGGCGAAGAAGAAGCAUGUUUCGAGAUCAAAUGUCAUUCGCAUUGUCAAUUGUACGACACAUGAAACACGACGUUUCAUCGAUGUUUCAAUCAACUCGCAACCAGUUGCAUUGCAAUAUGAUUCUGCAAGCGAUCUCACAAUAGUUUCAAAACAAUUGUGGAGACAAAUAGGUUCACCUGCUCUUCUACCUUCAGAAAUCAAAGUAAAAGACGCGCAAUUCAACAGUAUGAAGAUACUAGAAUGGAUUCAAUUGUUCGACUUAUGGUCGAAACCAGCCAAUUCUUUUUGCCGCAAUGUUGAAGCCAUUCAGUCAGGGACAUUCAACAAGGAAAAGAUUGUAAAGCAGCUCAAAGAUGAAUUUCAACCUGUGUUCGACAGCGGUUUAGGACUCUGUACCAAAGCAACAGCCUCAUUGAAGCUCAAGGAAGGUGCAAAACCCAUUUUCAGACCAAAAAGACCAGUGCCUUAUCCAGUCAUGGCUCAAGUUGAGGAUGAGUUACAGCGCUUAGAACAAAAGGGCAUCAUCAAACCAGUCACAUCUUCUGAGUGGGCAGCACCAAUUGUAGUGGCAAGAAAAGCAAAUGGUUCUGUAAGGAUCUGUGGUGACUAUUCAACAGGUCUCAAUCAGGUAUUGGAAGACAACAAAUAUCCAAUUCCUACACCUGACGAUAUUUUCCAAAAACUUGCUUCUGGCAAGAUAUUCAGCAAUAUCGACCUGUCUGAUGCAUACUUACAGAUUCCUGUCGAUGAAGAUUCACAGAAGCUAUUGAUCAUUCACACACACAGAGGUUUAUAUCAUUUCACAAGACUCGCACCUGGGGUUUCAGUCGCACCAGGCCAAUUUCAAUGCAUUGUCGAAGGUAUGCUCUCAGGGAUCGACAAUGUUGCAGUCUAUUUUGACGACAUUUGUGUCUCAGGACCAGACAUAAAUUCGCAUAUCAGUACAGUCAAACAGGUACUUCAGCGUCUCCAGGAUUAUGGUUUUCACAUCAAAUUGGAGAAGUGCAACUUUUUCCAAACACAAGUAAAGCAAGAUGUUUCAAUAAAGUACUUGGGCCAUAUUCUCGAUUGUCAUGGACUAAGACCUGAUCCGGGAAAAAUCGCAGCUAUCAAGGACAUGCCUCCUCCCAAGGAUAUUUCCCAAUUGCGAUCUUUUCUUGGUGCAAUCAACUAUUAUUGCAAGUUUGUUAAAUCGAUGAGCACUCUUCGAGCACCAUUCGAUUCUCUCUUGCGAGAUGGAGCACCAUGGAUUUGGGGAGAGGAUUGCCAACGAGCUUUCAUGAAGUUCAAGGAUAUAUUGUCUUCUGACCUUCUACUCACACAUUUCGACCCAUCUCUACCAAUUUCCAUUGCUGCUGAUGCAUCCAACACUGGAAUAGGUGCUUGCAUUUACCACACUUAUCCUGACGGAUCUGAGAAAGUGAUUUCACAUGCAUCUCGUACACUUUCACCAGCCGAGAGGAAUUACUCCCAGAUUGAGAAGGAAGGUUUAGCACUUGUUUUCGGUGUCACCAAAUUUCAUCGUUACAUUUUUGGAAGACGAUUCACUCUCUUCACGGAUCAUAAACCACUGCUUUCAAUAUUUGGAUCCAAGAAAGGAAUUCCAUUGCAUUCAGCCAACCGCUUACAACGCUGGGCAUUGACUUUGUUGUCUUACACAUUCGAUAUCAAGUUCAUUUCCACAUCUUCAUUUGGACACGCUGAUGUUCUUUCAAGACUCAUCAACACUCACUCCAAGCCUGAUGAAGAAUUCAUUAUUGCCUGCACAGAACUUGAGAGAGAUGUAGCAACUGCGUUGGAUAAUGGCAUCCAUAGACUUCCUUUGACAUUCAAGGUGGUUUCGGCUACACAGAAGUGUUCAACACUCCAAGCAGUCAAGGAAUUUGUGGUGAAUGGAUGGCCUCCUUCAAAAUCCCAUAUCAAAGACAGGGAAGUACAAUCUUAUUAUCAAUACAGAGAUUGUCUCACACUGAUCAAAGAUUGUUUGAUUUACAGAGAGCGAUUGGUGGUUCCGCACACAUUCAGAAAGAAAGUACUUCACACACUCCAUGAAGCACACCCUGGUCAACAAAGAAUGCUUUCACUAGCCAGAAGUUUCGUGUUUUGGCCAGGCAUCGAUGGUCAAAUCCGCACGAUGGUUCGUGAGUGUGAAGACUGUGCGCUAGCAUGCAAAGCCCCCACCAAAUCGCCUCUCUGUCCAUGGCCAAAAUCAAACAAACCAUGGCAAAGGAUUCACAUGGAUUUUGCUCAAUGGAAAGGUGAAAACUUUUUACUCAUCAAUGAUUCCUUCUCCAAAUGGCCAGAGAUCAUCCAGAUGAAAUCAACCACGGCUGAAGCAACUAUCAGUGUUCUGUUAGAAAUAUUUUCUCGUUUUGGAAACCCAGAGUUGAUAGUCAGCGACAAUGGCACCCAAUUUACUUCUGGAGUUUUCAAACAGCUCUGUCAAUCAAGAGGUAUUCAGCACGAGAGAUGCAGCCCUUACCAUCCACAAUCAAAUGGACAGGUUGAGAGAUUCGUGGAUACACUCAAAAGAUCACUGCGCAAAAUGGAGAAUGAGGGAUCAUUGAAGGAGAAUCUGUGCAAAUUCCUACACUACUAUAGAUCAACACCGAAUCCAAACUCUCACAAUGGUUUAUCUCCAGCAGAAGCCUUUAUUGGAAGAAAAAUACGCACAAAUCUGUCACUUUUGAUUCCAAAAGAGGGGGAGCAGGAGGAGAAACAACCUGAUCCAAUAGAUCUUCCGAGAGUAUUCCAGCCAAAAGAGAAGAUCUAUGCCAAACAUUUCACAGGAAACACAUCAUUCUGGGUUCCUGGUGAAAUCAUUGAGAAAGUUGGAGCAGUCAUGUACAAUGUUCUCGUACAGCUGAAGAGUGGAAGAAUAAGGCUUAUUCGCUCUCACGUUAAUCAGAUCAAGAAGCGAUACUCCGAUACAUCUCAGGAUUGCCCUAUUCCUACCGAUCUUUUGCUCGAUGAUGGGAGUGAGGAUGAGCAAAUGGAUGUUGAUGAAGAGGAUAGUGGUGACAGACCACAACCGCGCAGGAACUGGAGAAAACCGGAUAGGAAGACACCACCAUCAUUGCGUCCUCGACCAACCAGGAGAUUUCUUUAA